AGAAAGAAAGAGAGACCGUUGGAGAUGAAGAAGCUUCCCCUCCCAUGUGCUCCUCCUCGAUCCCACAAAAAAAAACUUUUUUUUAACUUCCUACCAGUUUCAGAUCUUCUCUCCAUCUAUCCUGGGUCUCUCUCGUGAGAGAAAAAAUGGAGCAUCUGGCGAGAGAAGGGAGAUCUCUGGCGGAGACGCCCACCUACUCUGUUGCUUCCGUCGUCACCGUCUUGGUCUUCGUCUGCUUUCUCGUCGAACGCUCCAUCUACAGAUUCGGCAAGUGGUUGAAGAAGACCCGAAGAAAAGCGCUCUUCGCUUCUCUAGAGAAGAUCAAAGAAGAGUUGAUGCUUCUGGGGCUUAUAUCGCUGCUCUUGUCACAAUGCGCGAGAUGGAUUUCGGAGAUUUGCGUAAACUCUUCGCUUUUCAGUAGUAAGUUCUAUAUUUGCUCUGAAGAGGAUUAUGGAAUCAACAAGAAAGUGCUAUUGGAUCAUAACUCUUCCACGAACAAGACUCACCAUGGAUUGCUUCCUCACAGAUGUGGUCAGGGCCGUGAACCGUUUGUGUCAUACGAGGGCCUUGAACAACUCCUCCGGUUCUUAUUUGUCCUGGGUAUCACUCAUGUUCUCUAUAGUGGUGUUGCCAUUGGUUUGGCUAUGAGCAAGAUCUACAGUUGGAGAAAAUGGGAGUCUCAAGCAAUCUUAAUGGCUGAAGCAGAUGUCCUAGCAAAGAAGACUAAGGUGAUGAUGCGGCAAUCUACUUUUGUAUUCCAUCAUGCCUCUCAUCCUUGGAGCAAGAAUCGGGUCCUCAUAUGGAUGCUCUGUUUCCUACGUCAGUUUAGAGGCUCCAUUCAGAAAUCUGACUACUUGGCUCUGAGACAUGGUUUCAUCACUAAGCAUAAAUUGCCACUUACAUACAACUUCCACAUGUACAUGGUAAGGAGCAUGGAAGAUGAGUUUCAAGGCAUUGUUGGUAUCAGCUGGCCGCUCUGGGUUUACGCUAUACUAUGCAUCUGCAUAAACAUUCACGGCCUGAAUUUGUACUUUUGGCUUUCGUUCAUCCCUGCCAUUCUUGUUAUGUUGGUUGGAACAAAACUUGAGCAAGUUGUGUCCAAGCUAGCACUUGAAGUUAAGGAACAGACAGGCACUCCUGCCGGGGCUCAAGUCAAGCCACGGGAUGAUCUGUUUUGGUUUGGGAAGCCAGUGAUUCUAUUACGACUGAUACAGUUCAUCAUUUUUCAGAAUGCGUUUGAGAUGGCAACAUUCAUCUGGUUCUUAUGGGGAAUCAAGGAGAGGUCUUGCUUCAUGAAGAACCAUGUAAUGAUAUCUAUUCGACUGGUUUCUGGGGUUCUUGUCCAGUUCUGGUGCAGCUAUGGCACGGUGCCUCUUAACGUAAUCGUCACUCAGAUGGGGUCGAGGUGUAAGAAAGCAGUGAUAGCGGAGAGCGUGAGAGAAUCACUUCACAGUUGGUGCAAGAGAGUGAAAGAGAGGUCCAAACACACAGCAAGAUCUGUAUGUUCACUCGACACAGCAACGAUAGACGAGAGGGACGAGAUCACCGUCGGAACCUUAUCCAGAAGCUCCUCAAUGACUUCACUUAAUCAGAUCACCAUCACCUCAACCGAGCAAGCGGAUUCCAUAUUCGGAGAUCGAACAACGGCGAUGGCGACGAUGACGGAUCGAGAGGAAUUAACAUCGAGGGUCGAAGAGUAUUUGUCGGAUACACUCAACAUCGAUGCUUUGCAGCCUCUUAACGAUGAUGAGAUUGAAGAAGAAGAAGAGGAAGAUAACAAUGGGGACGGCCGUGAGGUGGAUGAUGCUGGUGAGACGCUUCUUGACUUGUUUAGGAGGACUUGAUACGAUUUAUUAUGUUGAUAUAAGCUUCUUCUAAAUCUUAAUUAAGUCAGUAAUUAAAUUGCACUAAAAUGUACAAAGAAAGACAAUGUCAUCUUUUUACAUUUAUUUCAACGCAGAUUGCUUUAUUUUUGUUUUUA